UGUACUUACUAUUCAGGGUGCUAAUAGUCGGGUUGAAUGGAAAUCGACCGGCGAUAAAUAGCCCUAAGGGUUUAUUUUCACGCCCGAACGAACACUGGAAUACGAAUGCUAGUUAGACAUUAUUCAGAGUGUUGGAAUAUACCGAGAAAGACCCAUCUUGAUUCAGUUUUAAUAAGAAUGAAAAUUUUGAUUGUUGGAUUCUGUAAAACCGGGACAAAAUCAGUUGAAAAAGCUCUGGAGUUUCUAGGAUACAAGGUUGCAGAUUAUUGGUCUGUUAAUGUGAAACAUUACGAAGUAUGGAAGAAUUAUACAACUGGAAAAGGUUGCCUCGAUGACCUAAGAUAUAUGUAUGCUGGUGUGGAUGUGGCAAGUGAUCUACCUGCUUAUAUGUACUGGGAAGAUUUUCUUAAAGCAUUCCCAGGGAUAAAGCUUAUAUUUAUGACUAGAGACGAAGACGGAUGGCUGAAGAGCUGGCAUAAGCAUUGGAACGAACGCAACUCAGGAAUCUUAUCAAUGCCUCUUGCUUUAUUUUCACCAACGGCAAGGAAAUGCAUUAAGAUGUUUCACCUCGAAGGUUACACAUUUUUUAACGCUCCACCUCAAUCAUUUCGAAAGUCCUAUGAAGGAAUUCCAGAUGAAGUUUUAAAGAAAGUUUACAGAGAACACAACAAGAAUAUAUUAAAGAAUGCCCCUCGAGAUCGCCUACUUGUCCUUGGAUUGAAAGAAGGAUGGAAACCAUUGUGUUCAUUUCUGGAUAAGCCAAUACCAGACAUUGAAUUUCCUCAUUGCAACAAAAAUGGUGGACUGAUAAAAGAUCAAGAAGCGAACCAUCCUUUAUUUAAACAAAUGUAUUUUGAAAUGUACGUGACCUGGACAAUUUUAGCAGUUGUUAUAAUUUUAUUAUUGUAUUUUUUAUUUGGAAAUUGUUGAUUUUAUUAUUUUUAUUGUAAUUUAGAAAAGUGAAUAAAAUAUUCAAUAUGAAUAUGUGAAUUUG